AUGGCUGAUCGUUUGUGCAAUCAGUUUGAUACUUUAAGGAAGAUUUUUCGAGAUGAAUUGAAAGAUUCGAAACAAUAUGAUUUUGAAAGAGGAAUAUUUAAGAAAUAUUGUCCAAAUAAAAAUUGCGGUACUGAUACUGAUAUAGCUAACGCUGGAUGUUUAUGGUUAUUUAACCAAUUUUUCGGUGUAUCUGGUAUUUCACAUUAUCAUGAUGUUUAUAAGGAGGUGACUGUGUUUAUUAUGAUAUGGUUAAGUUAUAAAUUAAGCCUAAAGCCACCUGAAAAUAUCACCACAUUAAAAGAUUUUUAUUCUAGUCAUAUAAAAAAUAACGAAGAAUACACUAAGCAUGACGCUGGUAAUUCAGGUUAUGAAAGUCAUAAGAAGAUCAUAGAUGAAAUAGAGGAAUAUAUGAAUAUUAAUAUUAGUCAUAUGGCUAAAUUUGAUGAAUUACUUAAAUUGUUAUGUAAUAUGAAUACUGCUUAUACGAAACAAAAUAAUAGCGAUUUUUCAAAAUAUUCUAAUAAAUUUGUUGAAGAGUAUGAAGAACUCCUUAAUGAUAAUAAUAAUAUUCACGACAGUUCAUACAGUAAAGUAUUACUUGUUUUAUCCAAUUAUUAUAAUAAUUUUGAAAAAAGCAAAGCUCUUCGUAGUAUAUCAAUAGAUCUUCCUCAAUUACCAACAGAAAAAAGAGCCCAAAAAGUUAAUCAAGAAGUUCCUAAAGAAAUUAAAACAACUGAAACAUCGAGUGAAUCAGAUAAAUUAGACACUGAAAUGACAAACCUAAGUUCUAACAUUACAUUGUCAGGCUCAUCGCUAGUAAAUAAAUUAGUUACAGUUUUAUCGAUAUUUGGUGCAAUAGCAAUUUUAUUGGGAGUUUCUUAUAAGUAUUCGUUAUUUGGAUUUCGGAAACGAUCUCAAAAACAACAUUUAAGAGAAAAGCUAAAAAAAUAA